AUGACCGACAUCGCAUCUGGCUCUGCAUCGAUGCAGCGUGCCGUCUCUUCCGGCUCGUCUCGUUCGCCCAUCAGCGCUGCCUCGUCCCCAUCCAUGGCUGCAUCCGCGCUUGCAUCCGACACAUUCUCGGCCAUGGACGACGUCUCGAUGCCUGCAACGCCUCCCGACGUCGCAGACGUGGGCGCCCUUCACUUUGUCGAUCCCAUCACCGCAUCCGCUGCUGCAUCCAUCAACGCCACCAACCACGUCAAGAAACCCGACUUGUUCCUCUCCGUAACACGCUCGAACCGAUCCAAGCUCGUGCUCUCUCCCACCGACCAGGAACGCUUCUGCCAGCAUAUCCAGGACAGCAAGAAGAAGUUUGCCGACGAUACAUCCUACUUGCCCAAGUCGACCAACAUGGGCCUCAGUGACGUCGAUGCUGCUGCUUUGCUCUCGGUCAAUCCGUUCAAUUUCAAGCGGUCCGACGCUCUCGGCUGGGAGGACGACGACGUUGACGUCGACCACGGACGUGCUCGUGCCAUGUCCAAGCCGGGCAAGACGCUCUUCAUGAACGCCUUCCCAUGCAUCUUCGUUUCGAAUCUCACCAACUCGGUAGCGUUCUAUCAGAAACUCAUUGGCUUCUCGCCCGUUGGCAAACCGGCCACGCAUCAAGCCGUCAUGCGACGCGGACCUGCCGCUCGUCCACCUCGAUCGGCUCAGCAGCAAUACUCGGCAAUCCCCUCGGCGGCUCAAGAAGAGGGUGUGCGCAUCGUGCUACGCUACCUUCCUGCAGAAUGGGGCGAGCUCAAAGGGGAUGGCAACGGACCACCGCAGUUGCUGAUUGUGGUGAGCAACGUUGACGAGCUCUUCCAGGAGAUCGUAGCCAAACAACAGCAAUUCAAGCCGAACGGAAGGGAGUACUUCCCCGAAGUGUUUUUGGGCAAGGGCAGGUUGCUCGGCAAGCCGCAAAACAAGCCGUGGGGCACGAGGGAGUUGCAUGUGCUCGACCCGGAUGCCAACAAGAUCAUUUUCUACCACGAGAUCAACUAG